AUGUCUGAGGAGUCUCAGAAAAUUGCAAAUUCUGGAGGUACUUCGCCCGUGGACUUCAAGGCGAUGUUUGCUGAACUUUUAGAUGAUGCCAAAAGAGACAUUUUGGCUCACGUGCAAGACUCUAUCGAGAAGGUUUAUGCCGAUUUUGAAGAUUAUGAGACCGGCCCUGAGAGCGGUGAAGCGAGCACUGAGUGUUCGGAUACAGCUGUUGCAACGACUGUUGCAACUAAAAUAAAUGAUUUUAUCCAGCCAAAAACCUCAGACCAUGCUGAAGGCUCGGAUGGCGGUUCCUUUAAAUCACUCGCUGAUGAAUUUAGCGUUCUAGAGAAAACUUCACCUGCCAUAGAUGCAAAUUUGGCAGAAAUAGUGAAGAGUCUGCUUACAGAGAAGCUCACAAAGAAAAGUUGGCCGAGGUACAGAACAAGUACCUCAGACCUGAAAAAAACUGCACUAAUUUGGUUGCACCCAAGAUAA